CUAAGCUCAUCUAGUAGUUCCUAGUGUUAGCUUAGAAGAAGAAGAACCAACAACUAAGCUGCUGCGGCAAUGGCGAAGUCUUACAAACUGCUGUUCGGCGCACUGGUCGUGCUCGCACUUCUGGUGAGCCCCAUUGCUUCCUCCCGCAAGCUCGCCAAGCCCAACAAGCACAAGCCGGCAGCCAGGUCCCACAGCAACUACACUGCGACCCCCUCGGCGUCCGACGCCUACGGCUCCGGCGGCUGGUUGUCUGCCGGCGCGACGUACUACGGCGCUCCCAACGGUGACGGAAGCGACGGAGGCGCGUGCGGCUACCAGACGGCCGUCGGGCAGCGACCGUUCUCGUCGAUGAUCGCCGCCGGGAGCCCGGCGCUGUUCAAGGGAGGCAAGGGCUGCGGCGCGUGUUACGAGGUUAAAUGCACGAGCAACCCGGCCUGCUCCGGCCAGCCGGCGACCGUGGUAAUUACCGACGAGUGCCCCGGCGGGGUCUGCCUCGCCGAGGCGGCCCACUUCGACAUGAGCGGCACCUCCAUGGGCUCCAUGGCGAAGCCCGGCAUGGCCGACAGGCUUCGCGCCGCCGGUAUCCUCAAGAUUCAAUACAAGAGGGUGCCUUGCAAGUACAGCGGCGUCAAUAUCGCCUUCAGGGUGGACCAGGGCUCUAACCCGUUCUACUUCGAGGUUCUCGUCGAGUUCGAGGACGAUGACGGCGACCUCAGCUCUGUCGAGCUCAUGGAGGCCGGCUGCGGCACCUGGACCCCGAUGGUGCAGAACUGGGGAGCGCUGUGGCGCUUCAACUCCAACACCGGCAAGGCACUGAAGGCGCCCUUCUCGCUCCGGCUCACCUCCGACUCUGGCAAGGUCCUCGUCGCCACCAACGUCAUCCCCGCUGGCUGGAAGGCCGGGGCGACGUACCGCUCCUUGGUGAACUACUCCUAAAUUAACCUCGAGAUUACGUUGUGCCUGGGGAAAUGUGCGAGAGGCGGUGUCAGAAGAGGAGGUGGUGGCUAAAGAAGCGUGCUCUUCCCUCCCUCCACGGUCGCUGCGGUCCCCAAGUGAUAUGUGUCGUCGUGUCGAUUUCACUGUAAUUCCAUUUCUUCUUCUCUUGUGUUUUUGAGGAGAGAAGCUUGAGCUGCGAGCCUGCGACUUAUGCUGCACUCCGAUGUACUAGUAGUCUAGUAUCAACUUGUGUGUGUUUUUCGUACCACGCAAUCCUUUCAGAGAAAUGAAU